AAGUGGUUGGCUGCUCCAAUUUGGCGUCAAUUUAAGUACUUGUACAGGUACAGUACCAAUUUCAAAAAGCUGGAAAAGGAAGUUAAAUAGCUGAAGAAUACAAGAGACGAAGUUCAGCAUAAGUUUACUGUUGCUGAAAGAAAUGUGGAAGAGAUCAAACAGAAUGUUAAAGACUGGCUGAAGGAAGUGGAGAAGACAAUUACAGAAGCAGAGCAGUUGAUUCAAGAGAAGACAAACAACCCUCCAUGUUUUAAAGGAUUGUGCUCCAACUACAACCAAAGCAAGAAAGCUUUCAAAUUAAAGUGGGAUGAUAUUGAUCCCCUCCUCCAGCGGGAAAAGGAAUUCGAUCAAGUUUCCUUUCCUACUAUUCAACAAGAUAUCUGGCUUAGAUCUAGCGAAGAUUAUUUGACGUUCGAAUCAAGAAACUCCAUUAUGAAGAAUGUAUGGGAUGCUUUAAAUGAUGAGAAUGUGUACAUGGUUGGUGUUUAUGGGAUGGGUGGUAUUGGGAAGACCACUCUUGUGCAAGAAGUUGAAAGGAAAGAGGAGCAGGAUAAUCUAUUUGAGGACAUUGCUUUUGUUGAGGUAACACAAACUUUGGAUAUAAAAAAGGUUCAAAGAGAAAUUGCAGAGAAGUUAGGCGUAAAAUUCAGUAAUGACAGUGAAAGAGCAAAUAAGUUAUAUGAGAGAUUAAAGAGUGGUAAGAAGAUCUUUUUAAUUUUAGACAAUAUUUGGGAAGAUGUUGAUCUCAAGACUAUCGGUAUUCCUUCUAAAAUGGAUCAUGGGGGUUGUAAACUAAUGUUCACGGCAAGAAAUUUAGAUGUUUUGCAGAAAAUUUCAAGAUGGCAUUUUAGAAGAAAAUGA